UAAAUCACAUAUUCUCUUAUCAAAUCAAACCAAUCUCAGCUCUCACAUAUUCUCUUAUCAAAUCAAACCCAUCUCAGCGCUCUCUCUCUCUCUCUCUCUCUCUCUCUCUCUCUCUCCUCUGCUAAUUGUUAUUAAGAAAGUUAAUUACUAUGGUGGAUUUUGAGUGCUCCUCCUCCAAACCCAACUACAAGGACUGGGAUUUUAAAGCAGCUGCCAAAGGGUUCAUUGGGUCAUCAGAUUUUAGCUCUUCUUCUUCAUCUUCUGUGCUUGAGGAUGAGUUCGUUUCCUCCGAGUCAGCUGAGACCACUGAUGAGGAAGACGAUUACAUUGCUGAGUUGACUCGCCAGAUGACUCACUACAUGCUUCAAGAUGACCAUGACAAAGCCAAUAUUAGCUCUCAGAAAAACCAAGAGUUAUUGGGUUCUGUUGGUUGGCCACAGUACUCAACACUGUGGUCACCUUUGGGUUCGAGCUAUGGUAGCCCAGAAGGCCCAUCUCUGGAACCAACGCCACCAGCUACACCAGUCAAAAACCACGCUUGGAAUAGCUGCACAUACGCUGACGUUUUGAAGAAGUUGGACAAAUUAGAUAGAACCAACCAAGGGUUAAAUUCUCUAGCUGAGAACUCAGGUGCUGGAUCUUGCUCAAAGCAAGGUCUAACUUUUGAUCAAAGCCACGAUUUUCAGAAACUUGAGGCCUAUCAUAGGCUAAAGCAAGAUAAAAUUUCAAGCAAACAAGGGUCAAGUAGUAGAGGAAGGCAAGCCAAUAUUGGUAAUCAACAAUUUGAGCCUGCUAACUAUAAGCACCAGAACAAAGGAGGUUGUGGAAGGCCAAGGUCUCCUACACAAUUUGGAGUGCCAGCAGGUUCAAACCCAUGGAUGAGCCAGCAGGCAAGUCCGGGCAUGAGGGCCGUUUUCCUUGGUGGGUCUGGUUCGAAAACCAGGUCGUCUUGUGGGACAGGUGUCUUUUUGCCUUGUGUUACUGGUAACGCGUCACAAUCACCCAAGAAAAAAGGAUGUUCCCCUGUUCUUAUACCCGCUAAGGUAGUGCAAGCCUUGAAAGUUCACUUCGACCGAGUUGGUGAGCUACCCCUGCCCAACGCUACCGGCUUCUCUAUACAAAAUGAUGGUUUUAACAAGGGUGGUAGGGCAAGCAUGCAAUCAACUAAAAAACGUAACUCACGGGGUGUGCCAGAGAUGAACCAUAAUGAGAUGGGUCUGCCUCAAGAAUGGACAUAUUGACACGGCUUUGGCACAUGCUACGCCUCAAUAUUCACCACCCAUCAUCGAUGUUGCUAAUUAAGCUCUCGUUUUCAACUACAGUCUACAGUGGUGUGUGUUUUGGCAUUUUGUUCUUAGAAAAGAAGAAAAGGCUCCAAGAAAAAGAAUAAAGAGAAAAAUGACAGGCAGAUGUCGUCGGUCAAUCAGAUUAGGGAAUCUAAAUAUAGAUAGUUUAGGACAAAACACACAGAUUCAAGAAUAUUAUCUUCUUUUUCUUUCUUUCUUUCUUUUUUUCAUCUUUUUUCAAAUAAACAAUAAGUUUCAAUUGCCUGAAAUGGACGCAACAGGCUGGUCUUUGUUUGGUUAAUGCAAAGCACUGCGUACCAAUUCUGCUUU